AAACUAUAAUCAAAGGAAAAGAAAAUGAUCAUGAUUAAGAAUUCUAAAAUGAAAUAAUCACAAAUCUACAGUUGAAAUCAAGUAACAGUAAAGUCGUUAAAAAAAAGCUACUCAUGGAAGGAUCCUAAAAAAUAAGAAAGCGUGUAGAUGUUAAAGCAAGGAACGCGGAAAUGGCGUGAUGCUUGUGAUGGCGGAAGCAGAGAGGGAGAAAGGAAGAGAGGAAUGGCAGUGGCAUCAAUGAUUCACUCACUCUCACUCAUCUUCACAAUCACCCUCGUUCUCAUAUUCUUCUUCACCGUAAACCCUCCCUCUGCAGCACGUAGGUCACUGGUCGCAAUCGCAUCCUGCUCCAACGAAUCCAGCAAUGGCCUCCUCAACUACCACUGCCUCUUCCCACAAAGCUCCACCCUCUCAAUCCCCACCCUCAUCCUCUUCCUCCUCCUCCACUUCUACAUCCUCAUCACCACCGCGCAGCGCCACUUCUCCCUCGUCACCACCAAGCUCGCCUCCCACCUCAGCCUCUCCCCCAGCAUGGCCGCCGUCACGCUCCUCUCCCUCGGCAACGGCGCCCCCGACGUCUUCGCCUCCCUCGCCGCCCUCCGCGCCGGCCACUACCGCACUGGCCUCGCCGCCAUCCUCUCCGCCGGCACCUUCGUCUCCGCCCUCGUCGUCGGCUUCGUCGCCAUCUACGCCGCUCCCUUCGCCGUCGAUCCCGCCCCCUUCGUCAGAGACCUCCUCUUCUACCUCACCGCCGCCUUCUUCCUCUUCUACGUCUACCUCUCCGCCGAGAUUUUCCUCUGGCAGGCCAUCGGAUUCGUCGCCUUCUACUUCUUCUUCGUCGCUUUCGUCUUCUACAUGGAUUUCGGAUUGCCCAAUCGCAGCGUCAACACUUCCGCGGAUCUCGAGGGACACGUGCAACCAGAUUCCGACGUUAAACCUUCCGGAUCUCGCGACGGAGACAAACGCGCUUCUGGACUGCGCGCUGCUUUUCGUUUGAUUUCUAAAACAUGGGAGCUUCCUGUCUCAACUCUCUUAAGGUUGACAAUCCCUCAACCAGCACCAUCACAAUGGAACAGAUUUUAUGCAUCAGCCAAUGUUGCACUUUGUCCACUAGCCCUCUUGUAUGCCUGCAACUCAUUCGUGCCAUUUGAUCAUCCCAUAGUUUUCCUCCUCCCCAACACUCUCUUCCCCCUCUGGUCAGUAGUGCUCAUGACAAGUUUCUCUCUUGCAUUUCUUCAUUAUGUAAUGGAAAAAGAACCCCCCAAAACAGAGCAUCUACCCGUGGUCGUUGUGGCAUUUAUUAUGAGCGUGUUUUGGAUAUCUACUACAGCUGGAGAGCUGGUGAACUGCCUGGAAGCUAUAGGCACACUUCUCAAACUGCCGCCAGCACUCCUGGGUCUUACGGUGCUGGCGUGGGGAAAUUCAGUGGGAGAUCUUGUUGCUGAUGUCGCAGUUGCUAAAGCCGGUCAUCCGGCGAUGGCAAUGGCCGGAUGCUUUGCAGGACCAAUGUUUAACAUGCUUGUUGGCCUCGGAAGUGCUUUGGUGAUACAGACAGCCAAUAUAUAUCCUAGUGCCUAUAAGCUAAAUUUCCACGUUGGUAUCGUGAUCGCAUUUGUAUUUCUGCUUUCAAGCCUUAUGGGGUCUCUCUUGGUGAUCACUUGGUGCAGAUUCAGAGUGCCUAGGUUUUGGGGAUUCUGUCUGGUGGGUAUCUAUGUCGCAUUCAUGGCAGCGAGUUUAGUAAUAGCCAUGUUUUCGGGAUGAUUCUUCGUAGGUAGGUUUAUGAUUUUUAUUCAUAAUCAAACCCAACAAUGAGUUAAAUCCACAUAGAUGGCAUUAUUGCAGGAAGAAUUCAACAUGUAUAGUAAAUUCACCAUAUAGAGUGUUAAAAGAGAAAUGUUUUUCUUUUAACAGGGCAUGAUCAUGAUGAGUUUUUCUUUUCGGUUUCUUCAUUAGUUUUAGGUAGAUAGAAAUGUUUAGUUUCAGUCCAUAGCAGUCAGGAAUCCUCCCAAUGCUUACCUAUUUAGUAUCGGUUUAGGUGACUGACUUUUUUGUUCCCAAUUCUGUUACUACUGUAACUUCAUUGUUUUUUUUAGUUUGGUACGUAAGAUGAGAUUGAUUGUUAGUUAUAUUGGACGAACUUUUUUAACAAGUAAUAAAGAAUAUUUUGGCAUCUUAUA